AUGAAAGAUCCUUUAAAAAAGAAAGAAAGGGAAAAAGGCUAUUAUAGCUGUUUAGAUUUUGAUAAUUUGUAUAAAAAAAAAAAAAAAAAAAAAUUAAAGUAUUCUAUUAACAGAGACAAGAAUUUAAGUGACACGGAAUUAUAUGAGAAGAACAAAUUAGUUAUACGAAAAAAGAAUAAUCAUACAUAUAUUUCAAAACAUAAUAUAUUAAGAAAAAGGAAAGAGGAUGAAAAAUUAUGUUUACUUAAUAAUGUAACAGUAUAUAAAGAUUAUUUUGAUAAAGGUGAAGAUAAGAAUGAUGAGAAAUUAAGAAACUUAAAAAAAAUUUUAAGAAUAUAUGAAAAUGUGUCAACACAUGAAAAAAAAAAAUUAUAUGAGUUAAUAAAAUUCUUUUCUUUUUCUGAAGGAGGUUUUCAAAAUAAUAAAUUACGACAGAAGGUGUGGUUAUUAUUAUUAGGAUUUAAUAUAAAUAUAUCGAAAGAGAAAAAUUAUAAUGAACAUCCAAUAUCUAUAUUAUGUAGAAAUCAAAAGAAAAAAUUUAAAUAUCAUGAUAAUUCCAUAACAUAUUUUAAAUUAAAAUGGAAAAAAAAAAAAGACAAUCAAUAUAAGCAUGAUAAUAAUUAUAAUUAUUUUCACGUUGGGAAAAAUGAGAAAAUGAAAGAAAGGGAAAGGAUAAAUAAAAAGAAAAAAAUAGGAAAAAAAAAUAAUAGGAGGAAACAUGUUUUAAGGAAAAAUAAUACGGAUGGUAAUAAUAAUUAUAAUGAUGAUAAUAAUGAUAGUUUUGAUAAUAAUCAUAAUGAUAAUGGUCUAGAUGAUGAUGCAUCUUAUAUUAAUAAUUCAAACUAUUCAUGUUCUUCUAAUUCUUCAGUUAUUUCUGUUUCUUCACAUAGUUCAUAUAAUGUACACUCUGCUUUAUCCUUUGAAUCGAUAUCCCACAAUUCACUUAAUUCUUCGGAUUAUUCUUUAUAUCCGUCCACAUCAUCCGUUUUGUCUUCUUCAUCUAACUCUCCUCUUUCUUCGUCUGUGUGUUCCAAUGUUUCCAACUUUUCAGAUAAUCUUAAUAAGAGCGUUAACGAUCAGAUGGGUCUCAUAAAAUCAAAAGGUGACGAUGAAAAAUCGGGAAGAGGAGAAAGAAGAAUAAAUAAAAAAAGAGGAAGGGGAGGAAAAAGAUGCCCACUGCAUUUUUUCUCAGCUCGUAAUUCAUACGAACUUGGAGCAUGUGAACAUAUAAAUUGUUCGGAGAAUUAUUAUGGUAAAAGAGAAAAAUCUUUAUUUUCAAAUGUGUUAUUUUUUUAUAAAAAAAGUAAAAGAAAUAUAAGGAGGAGAUCUAAAUGUUUGUAUGAUGAAAAUAAAAAAGCAAAGAAAUGCAUUAAGAAAGAGACGAAAAGAAUUGUACAUUCGAUCUUAAGUAUUGAUAAAGAUAAAGAAAAUUUUGAUAAGAAGAAGAAUAGGAAGUUUUUAAUAAAAUUAUUAAAAAUAAUUUAUAAGAAUUUAUUAGAAAUAGAUUUAUAUAUAGUAGAUUAUAUUAUAAGAAAAGAUAAAUUAAAAGAAGAGAAAAGUAACAUUUUAACAUAUUUACAAUAUAAUAUAAAAAAUAAUUAUAAUAUGAAUUCAGAUAUAAGAAGAUGGAUAAUCGAUAGUGUUUUAUUAGAUGAGAAUGAUAGGAUACAAGUUAAGAAAGAUGUAAAAAGAAGUGUAAAUACAUGGAAUGUUCAUAAAUCUAUUAUAUAUGAAAUAAAAAAGACAUAUCAAUAUAUAUUAAAAAAUAUUAUAUGUAGUAUAUUAUAUAAGCAUUCUAAUAAAAUAUAUUAUGCUCAAGGAGUACAUGAUGUUUGUUUAGUUUUUAUAACUUUAUAUUUUCAUAAAUUUUUUUUAAGAUAUAAAAAAUAUGUAUUCUUAGAACAUUUUAUAUCACGAUAUGUUGUUAAUAAAAUAUGUCAUUGUAUAUAUUCUAAAAGGAGAAAGCGGGAGAUAGGGAAAAAAGGAGUGCCUUUUGUUUUUGAUAAUUCUUCUUCUGAUGUUUUAUCAGAAGAUGUAUAUAUAAAAAAAUUUAGUUUGUUUAAAAAAAAGGGGGUGGAUUAUGAUACGUCAUCUGUUGUUGAUCGUGUGAAUGAUAAGAUAUGUACUCACAUUAAUGAUGAUGUUAAUAAUAUUAUGUUGGAAGGAAGAAGUAGAAACGUGCAAAAUGUUGAGAGGCUACAUGGCAAUAAUAAAAAUAAUAGUAAUAAUAGUAACAGUAAUAGUAGUAGUAAUAAUAAUUAUAAUUAUAAUAACGUAUCAGAAGUAAUAGAAACGAAUUUUAUAAAUUUUGAAAAUUUUGAAGAGUUCGAAAAUUAUUUUAAGAAAGGAGAUAGUAAUAUUGUCGAUAUGCAUUCAAACGAUAAUAUACAUAAUAAUUGUUCAUUAAUUAAAAAAAAAGGAAAUAUUUGUAUGUAUGAUAUAUUUGAAGAUAAUAUUAAUAAUAUGUUUUUAAUGGAAGAAGAAUAUAUUGAAAAAAUAUGUUUACUUAAGAAUAUAAAUUUAAAUAAAUAUAUAAAAUAUAAAAAGAAGAAGAAGAAAAAAGAAUAUAUAGUAUAUUUAUUAUGUGAACGAUUUUUAUUAUUUUAUAUGAUUGAUUAUUUAACGUUAUCAUUAGAUAUAUCUAUUAAAAAUACAUUUAAAAGUAUCGGUUUAUUAUUAAAAUAUUUAGAUAUAGAUGUAUAUAAUGUUUUUUGUUUAUUACAGAAAGAGCAAGAAGGUGAAAAUAUGAAAUAUAAUAAUAGGAAUUAUAAAAAGAAUAGUAAUGAGAAAAAUGCAAGAAAUAGUUCUUUGAAAUUAAGUGGUACCGAAUUUUUCUUUUGUUUAAGUUGGGUGGUUACAUAUUAUUCUCAUGUGUUAACAGAGUUUGAUAAAUUAGCUCGAAUUUUUGAUACAUUAUUAUCAAACAAUGGUAUAUUUAUAAUAUAUUUUACGAGUGCCAUCAUAUUAUAUAAAAAGGAAGAAUUAUUAAAUAUAGCUAAUAAAAAAAGAAAGGAUCAAGGAUAUAAUAAUUUAUAUUCAGAAACACAUUAUAUAUUUCAAAAUAUGAAAUGGAAAGAUAUAAAUGUUGAAAAUAUUAUAAAGAAAACAUAUUAUUAUAUGAAUUAUAAGAUUCCUUUUGAUACCUUUCUAAACAAAAUAAAAAACAAAAUUUCCUUUCCCCCAUUUUCACCCAUAUAUAGUUAUCCUUUCAUUCUUCAUCAUUUUGAUUAUGAAACCAAACAAGAGGAAUUGAAAAAUAGGACAGUAGAGAAGUCUAUUUUGAAUUUUUAUAAUUAUAAAAAUGGAGAAUAUAAUAAUAUACAAAAUUAUGAAUUGAAGGAUAUAUCUACGGAAGAUACCUUUUUUGGUGUCAUGGGGAAUGUAACACCCUUAAAUAAUAAUAAUAAUAAUAAAAACGAAAUAAAAAUAAAGGAAGCAUAUAAGAAAAAUACUUUAAAUAGUGAUAAUAAUAUAAGGAAUAAUGUAUCUAAUGAUUGUGUUAAUAAUAGUGAUUGUAAUAGUGCUUAUUAUAAUAUAUUGAGGGAAGAAAAAUAUAAUAAGAACAAAAAAAACAAUAACAAUAAUGAUAAUAAUAAUAAUAAUAAUAAUAAUAGAGAUAAUGAGAGUGUUAGUAGUUUUAAUGGUUUUGAAGUUGAUAAUAGUAAAUAUAUGAGCGAUUUAGAAAUUAAUAAUAAUAAUAAUAAUAUAAAUAUUAAUAUCAGUAGUAAUAAUAUUAAUUUCAAUAAUUCGUAUAAUAUGAAAAUUGAAUUAAGCAAGAUGAAAACGUAUGAUAAAUAUAUCGAUCAUAUAUUAAAUGAUGAAAAAGGAAAAGAUAAAGAAAGGAACGAUUUAUACUUUAAUAAUAAUUGUUGUAAAGAUAAUAAUAUUUAUUUAUAUUAUCCAUAUUCCAUUUUAUGUAAUAAUUUAGAUUUAAAUAAUAAUAUUUUGAAAAAACAUUUACUUGUGGAACAUUUUUUCAAAUAUGUACUUUAUGAUUUUAUUAUAAAUUAUGAAGGGAUAUGUAAAAAGUACCAAAUGGCAUCUCAAAAAAUUUGGUAUACUGUUAAAUAUGUACAUGUUAGAAGUAAAAAAGAAGUUAUUAUUUAUAAAAGAAGAAAAGAAAAAGAAAGAAAAAAAUGUGAAAAGAUAUUUCACAAAAUGACUAGACAUGUAAUGUUAUUAUAUUUACAUAAAUGUAAUAAAAAGAAAAAUAAAAAAUAUAUUUAUAUGAAUUUUUUAAGAAAACAUAAAACCUCUUUAUCAUUUAAUCAUUUUACAAGUAACAAGAUGAAAAUGAAGACAAACAAUAAAAUCAAAAGAAACUAUAGCUACAAGAAUAAUCAUAAAAAUAAUAACAGUAAUAUUAGUAAUAAAGCUAGAGCUAUCAUACCACCCAUUUACAAAUAUAUUAUUCAAAAUAGUAGUAAUGUUAUAAAAAAUGAUGUGUCAUGUAAAAAGGCAAAAAUUAAUAACCCUUCAUCACAUAUAAAAGAAAAUAAUAAAAAGAAAAAUUUUGAACACAUUUUUUAUCUUCUUAAAAUGUCUAUGCAUAAUUCCCCAUAUGUUCAUUUCUUUUUAAUCUUUUUUAUAAUAACCGUAUUUACAUCCUUAUUUUAUUAUCGUCGAUAG